AUAUCGUAAUAAAAGUCAUUUUCGUGACAAUUGUAACCUAUAUAAACCCCCUGGUUGAAAUGAUAUCUGUACAAAUAAAUCUAACAAUGAAGGUCGCCAUUGUUCUCCUGGUACUGUGUGUUGUCCAGUACAUCAGUGCUGAAACAUGUAGUAGUGUUGGUGACUGCUCAAAUACAAGCUGUGAUUCUGCGCAUACAUUGGAGUGUCACAGUGGCCAGUGCACAUGCGCAGCAGGAGCUUGCUCAACAGCUAGUGAUUGUUCAGGACAUUGUAGAAUCUUCGGACGUAAUGGCAAAUGGCACUGUAUUGACCAACACUGUAGAUGUUUCUUUGUAUAAUUAUUACAAGAGUGCUCUAAGAACAUGUGCAACAAUAAACACUAUGUUUAAACA